ACUUAUAGAACUAGUUCAUAUACAUAUAUGAAAUAUAUAAAAUACUAGAUUAUCAUUGGUAAACAAUUUUAGUAAUUAUCAAUUAUUAAACCACGUGUGUGCCGAAAAUAAAGUAAAAUAUAAAAUUUUGGAAAUUUUAAAUAAAUUAUUUAGUAAAAAUAAGAGAAAUAAGAUAUUCAAAAAAUGAGUGAUGAUAUUAUGGAAGAUAAUAAGAUUGGAAGUGGAGAAUUACAAGAAUUUGUUAUAGCUGAAAAACAGAAAGCAUUAAUUCAAGCUCAGAUUCAUGAAUUCAACGAUAUUUGUUGGGAUAAAUGUAUUGAUAAACCAGGAGUCAAAUUGGAUAGCCGAACAGAAACAUGCUUAACUAAUUGCGUUGAUAGAUUUAUAGAUGUUUCACUUUUAAUUACAAAUCGUUUUGCACAACUUUUACAAAAAUCUGUAUAAAAAUAUGUAAUAUUAAAUAAAUUAUGCAUAUAAUAGUUUUGUGUUAUAAAGUAUAGGAAAUAAAAUUAUUUUUUAUUCAUUUUUAAUAAAAAAUUAUUUAA